CUAAACAAGGUGGGCCCCAGCUUCCCUGGCAUCAUCCACCUCCUGGACUGGUUUGAGCUGCCCAACAGCUUCGUGCUGGUACUGGAGCAUCCGGCGCGAUGCCAGGAUCUCUUCGAUUUGAAGUACCUGGCAGAGGAUGUGGCGCAGCUGUUUUUCCGCCAGGUGCUGGAGGCCGUGCAGCACUGCCAGAACUGCGGCGUCCUGCACCGCGACAUCAAGGACGAGAACAUCAUCGUCGACCUCAGCACCAGUGAGCUCAAGCUCAUCGACUUCGGCGUCGGCACCUUCCUCAAGGACACCGAGUACACCGAAUUUGCCGGAACGCAGGCGUACAGCCCACCGGAGUGGGUCCGUGACCACCGCUACUAUGGCCGUCCGGCAACAGUCUGGUCCCUGGGCAUCCUGCUUUAUGACAUGGUCUGCGGGGAUGUCCCCUUUGAGGAGGAUGAGGACAUCAUGCAGGGCCAGCUCUUCUUCCGAUGCCAGCUCUCUCCAGAAUGCCAGCACCUCAUCAGGUGGUGCUUGUCCAUGCGCGCCUUGGAUAGACCAUCCUUGAAAGACAUUUUCUACCAUCCUUGGGUGCAAGGCGUUCAUCGGCCUCAGUAUGUGGAGAAAUCUUCUGGCUGCCGCAGCUUCCUGUGA